AUGAAGAGAAAAGAUCAAAGAGAUAUUACUAGUUUCUUUUCGAAAAGAAAUAACACGAACUCUGGAAAUCCCUCUACGCCAAAUUCCAAUCGAUCUCAAGCAAAUCUUUCUCCAUCAAUUAAUAACCCAUCGACUCAAGAAACUAAUAAUGAUCCACAAAAUCAUGAGACUCAAGCCCCGAAUGAACAACAAAGAUUGACUGAAGUAGAUGUUACCAAUCUUCCUCAAGAUCCGGGGAAAAGAAAAAGAAUUGUUGAUUUCCCUCCAGAUGACCAAGAUAACGUUCGGAGGGUUUAUGUGGCAAGAAAACCUUGUCAGCCUAAAAAUCAUGAGUUCCCUUUCAGACCUUUUGGGCAAAAAAAUCGUCGAUUUAACAAAAAUUGGUUUGACACGUAUAAAUCAUGGCUUGAGUAUAGUGUUGAAAAAGAUGCAGCUUUUUGUUUUCCUUGCUAUUUGUUCAAGGAAGCAAACGCACCUGGUGGAGAUGCAUUUAUUAAUGAGGGAUUCAGAUCUUGGAACAAAACAGAUGCAUACGAAAAACAUAUUGGAGGGCAUAUGAGUGCUCAUAAUAAGGCUGUGAGAGCUCUAAUAGAUUUUGAAAAUCAAAAGGCUAACCUUCCAUCUCUCUUUGCUGACCAAUCAGAGGAGAACAAGAUUAAAUAUCGAGAGCGAUUAAAAGCUUCUAUUAAAUGUUUGAAGUGGCUUUUACUUCAAGGUUUGCCUGCUCGUGGACAUAAGGAAAAUGAAACUUCUUCUAAUAGAGGUAACUUUGUUGAACUUUUGAAAUUUCUUGCCUCAGAAAAAGAAGAUGUUGCUAAAGUUGUUUUAGAUAAUGCACCCGGUAACUGCCAAAUGACAUCUCCUUCAAUUCAGAAGGAUAUUAUUAAUGCUUGUGCAACUGAGACAACUAAAGCAAUUAUGAAAGAACUUGAUGGUGAUUUUUUUACUAUUCUUGCUGAUGAGUCUGCGGAUAUAUCUGAUAAAGAACAAUUGGCUCUAUGUCUGCGAUAUGUUAAUAAAAGAGGUGAGGUUAUGGAGCGCUUUCUCGGUGUUGUACAUGUUGCCAAUACCACAUCUUUGACACUGCACUGA